AGGGAUGAAAGGCGUGGCCAACAGCUGGCCUGCCGGUAGGCGGGCGAAAAUUCUCCGGCUGCAAUUCUUUGCAAGUUUAUAGUGUAUACCGAACAAUCAAUCAUCUGGAGUCGGAAAAAGGUUCAUCAAACAUGCCGCCCAAGCAAAUUCGAAUUCCUGACCUCCUUAGGGCCAGUAAGCCCACGUCCGCACUUGGGGGUGCUGAUGUGGCGUUGCCAAAACUAGCUGGUGCUGACGUGGCAUCGAGGAAACUUGUGGGCUCUGACGUGGUCUCAGCCAGGGGGAAGAGAUCUCGGGGAAUCGCUUUAGAAGGUGAUGGCGCCGUUGUUGAGUUUGGCAAUUCCGCAACAGCGGAUAUCGUGGGAGGUGACGAUGUGGCGCUCUUACCUGAGAGGAAGAGGGCUCGGCGUCAGAUUGUCCSGACGAUGGCGGCGGCCCACUCUCUGAAGUCUCGCCCGCGGGGAGGAGAGGAGUGCGCGAGAAAGGAGUUGCAAAGCAGCGCAUGCAAGAAGAGAGAUGCUGAGGUGCCAACGAGAACGGUCAGUGCACGGAGACGCUUGUCCUCGGAGCAUGGCGGCACGGGGAGUGCUGUGGAAGGAAGCUCCUCAGCAGCAGCUGAUAUAGGUGAUGACGAGCCCRAUUCGGAAGCAACUGGACAGGUAAUGGGAGGGGAUCCAUCCACGUCGACUUCUUGUUCGGCAAUCCUCCAAGGGGGAGGAGUCACUCCUGAACAGUUGCGAGCUGCCCUUAGCAGGCGCCUGACCACUGAGAAUGGGGAACUCCAAAUUUCCGACGAAAGAAGAGAGAAUUUGCUGGAGCAGCAAUAUGGGGGUUCUCCACCGUCAGAUGUGGCAGCUGUCAAGCGGGAACCCUCUCAAACUAUGUCUGAUGUUGGGAAAGCCGGCAAUGCCGUUCGGGUGGAGGAGGGAGCAGGACGAGGAAGGAUGCCUAUUAGCACCCGGAGAUCUGGCUCUGUUGCUGAAUCGCCUUCCACAUCAGCACCGAGCUCGCCUCGGGGGGCGAGUCCACGCCAGAUUCGCACCAGCCCGCGUCAUCAUCUUCCGCCCAAGCCCGUCGUAGAUGUUCGUGCUGCACCUUCUUCCCCAAAGGCUGUUCUUGAUCGUGGGCGAGGAGGCAAGCCAUUACAGAGCUCGUUGGACGGAUGGGCGCGAGUGCAGAAGGGUCCAACUCCUUUGCGCAACUACGGCAGUAGGGGGAGUUUGAUGGCUGCCCUUGUGCUGGGGAAAUGUGGUCCUCCCACUCCACCUAUCAAGUCCACACCGACGGGGGCGGUGAGGGAGUUGGGUGCUGCCGAAGAAUGCGAAGGGGUUUCUGAGACAAGUAGGAAUUCAGCAGUGACGGAGGAUGCUCCUGGCAAAGAGAGUGGAGGGUCCUCGCCUCGACGCGAUGGAAUCUUGGGCUGGGCUAGACGUGUCACCCGGCAAGGAGUGAAAGGAGGUAUGACAAGUCCCGAGCGGGGGCCCAGGAGGGAAGGAGGGGCGGUAGGAAAGAGCGGUUCCCCAACCCUCCUCAAGAAGCCAGCGUCAAUGCGAGAUGCAGAGCCGGCAGUACAGGGUGUGAGAUCUUCUGGCAAAUUGCCUGCCAAGCGCUUUCUUAAAAGCCAUCUUGCUCAGAUAGUUCACGUCUGUCCGGAGUCUAUUCAAUUGGAGUAUGUUAGGAGGCAGGCUCCUGGAGUGGGUUUGGGAGGCAGUGGCAUCCCGUCAACCCCUUCAGGCCCAUGGGAGCUGGUGAUUGACCUCCUGCCACCACAGACAGAAUCCAUGGCGCAAACCGAGGGAUCUGGAGAUGUCGAAGAUGGAAGGUCGAGAAGACAAGUGCAGAGUCCCCACAAAAGGCAGGAUAUUGGAUGGAUGGAGCAGAACCGGCGCAGGAAAGAGAUUUUCCGAAUACGGCUGGUCAAUAUCUUAAACGAGCAUGGCGAGGAUUAUGAUAUUCCUCAGGCACCUCUUCCAAGAGCUCCGCCUUCAAGUACCAACAACACCCCUUCGCGAUCAAGACCACAAACUCCCUCUCAGCGGUCUUACCCUUGUACGCCUUCGAUAUGCAGCCCCCCUUUAUGUCCUGCCGAGCCCACGACAACUCCAAGGCCUUUGUCAAUAUCAGCACAGGGGGACUCAAUCGUCGACAACCAGUCCUCUUGUGUAAAGAGCAGUGCGCGGCGCUCAUUGUUCAAAAUGGGCGAUUUGGAUUCUUCCUUACCUCGGCUCGCCCAGUCGCGAGGGAUGCAAGAUUCCUUACCCGUCUCUUCCCUUGCCUAUACUUCCUCACCGGCAGGACAGGAGUCUGGUCUCUCCUCUGUGUCGAGGUCAUCCCCUUCUCUGCGAGCCUUGUCCCCAUCAUCUGUGCGGACGAGGUCGCAGUCAUUAGUUGAAGCAAAUUUAGCUACUUCCACGACCAGUACAGAUCUGAGGCCACAACUGCAAAAGCAAUAUUCCCAAAGUCAGCGCAGAGACCUGGAUGCCAGAGCGCCACCAAACUUGGGAUACCUUGCGUCAUUGGCAGAGGCAGAGCAAAGUGCAGGUGCCAAUGCUUGUGCUGUUGGGAGUGGGACUGGGAUGAUGACCAGAGUCAGGUGCAGGAGGGGCCUUUCAUUUGCGUUUGCGAAUGUGGCAGGGAAUGAAGGCGUGGCGGCUGUGGGUGAAGGGUCGAGUCCUGGGCAAGAUUCAGAAAAGCAAUCAAUGCCGGGGAAGGAAGGGAAUGAGUGUUCAGAAUGGAAGGUCUCGGAGACCACAGAUGUGUCACUGUGGCCCAGUCACAAGAUUGCCACGAAUGGAUCUUCAGAAGUUAGCACCAGGUCUGCAGUGGAGGAUUCUCGUUUGACACUAUCUCAAAGUGGAAAUGAAAGUGAUGAUGACAGGGCUGCCAUCAUGCGAAGCUUGCCACGAGCUCUCUUGCAGUCGGUUGAAGAUAGGAGUCGGCGGAUUGCGGAAGAUACCAGUGACAUAGCAAUUAAGCGUCGCAAGCAACGGAUGGCCAUGAGUGAGCUUCCACGCUUGUUCGACAUGGUUCUGAGCAUAUACAAGUCCGCAAACCGCACAGUCAUGUCAAGGGAUGACCUCCUCAAUCGUCUAUGCAAGUGCCACUGCAAGUUGACAAGCAAAGGUAAAAUGUUUGCAAAAGAUUCUCAUCGCCCCUGAGGCCCUCUUCCCUCUAUUUAGAUCAAUCCAUGAGCUAACAUGUCCACCCUUCCCGAGGACUUGAGGAUAUGGGAGAAUUGCAGCCUGCACGUAAUAGAAUGCCUAACUUCUGCUCAUCUCGAACUACUUCCUCCUUUAAAUGAAGGUCGCGUUUGACG